CCCGCCCCGCGGCCCCGGGUCCCGGCUCCGGCGCCGUCCCCCCUCCCCGGCCGGGCGCCGCGGCCCUGGCAUGAGGAGCGGGCGAUGAUCCCGGCCAACGCCUCCGCCAGGAAGGGGCCCGAGGGCAAGUACCCGCUGCACUACCUCGUGUGGCACAACCGCCACCGCGAGCUGGAGAAGGAGGUCCGCGCCGGCCAGGUGGACAUCGAGCAGCUGGAUCCCCGCGGGCGGACCCCCCUGCACCUGGCCACCACACUGGGACACCUCGAGUGUGCCCGUGUGCUGCUCGCACACGGCGCAGAUGUGGGCAGGGAGAACCGCAGUGGCUGGACAGUGCUUCAGGAGGCUGUGAGCACCCGGGACCUGGAGCUGGUGCAGCUGGUGCUGCGGUACCGGGACUACCAGCGCGUGGUGAAGCGCUUGGCGGGCAUCCCUGUGCUCCUGGAGAAGCUGCGCAAGGCCCAGGACUUCUACGUGGAGAUGAAAUGGGAGUUCACUAGCUGGGUGCCCUUGGUGUCCAAGAUCUGCCCCAGCGACACAUACAAAGUGUGGAAGAGUGGGCAGAACCUACGGGUCGAUACCACGCUCUUGGGCUUUGACCACAUGACGUGGCAGCGAGGGAACCGCAGCUUCGUCUUCAGGGGCCAAGACACAAGCGCCGUGGUCAUGGAGAUAGACCAUGACCGCCGGGUGGUGUACACGGAGACCCUGGCCCUGGCCGGGCAGGACCGUGAGCUGCUGCUCGCUGCCGCCCAGCCCACUGAGGAGCAGGUGCUCAGCCGGCUCACAGCCCCCGUCGUCACCACACAGCUUGACACCAAGAACAUCUCCUUCGAGAGGAACAAGACUGGCAUCCUGGGCUGGCGCAGCGAGAAGACAGAGAUGGUAAACGGGUAUGAAGCCAAGGUGUAUGGGGCAUCCAACGUGGAGCUCAUCACCCGGACGCGGACGGAGCAUCUUUCAGAACAGCACAAGGGCAAGGUCAAAGGCUGUAAGACACCUCUGCAGUCCUUCCUGGGAAUUGCUGAGCAGCAUGGGGGUCCCCAAAAUGGGACCCUGAUCACUCAGACUCUGAGCCAAGCCAACCCCACUGCCAUCACUGCAGAAGAGUACUUCAACCCCAACUUUGAGCUUGGCAACCGGGACAUGGGCCGUCCCAUGGAACUCACCACCAAGACCCAGAAGUUCAAGGCCAAGCUGUGGCUGUGUGAGGAGCAUCCCCUGUCCCUGUGUGAGCAGGUGGCCCCUAUCAUUGACCUCAUGGCUGUCAGUAAUGCACUUUUCGCCAAGCUCCGGGAUUUCAUUACCCUCCGCCUGCCGCCUGGUUUCCCAGUCAAGAUUGAAAUCCCAAUCUUCCACAUUCUCAACGCUCGCAUCACCUUCGGGAACCUCAAUGGCUGUGAUGAGCCUGUGCCGUCCGUGCGAGGCAGCCCCAGCAGUGAGACCCCUUCCCCAGGCAGCGACUCGUCCAGCGUCAGCAGCUCCAGUUCCACCACCUCGUGUCGCGGCUGCGAGAUCUCCCCCGCAUUGUUCGAGGCCCCACGCGGCUACAGUGUGCUGGGCGGCCAGCGGGAGGCGGCGACCCGCGACGACGACGAUGACCUGCUGCAGUUCGCCAUCCAGCAGAGCCUGCUAGAGGCGGGCAGUGAGUAUGACCAGGUCACUAUCUGGGAGGCGCUAACCAACAGCAAGCCGGGCACUCACCCCAUGUCCUACGAGGCUCGCCGACAGGACAGGUACGCCCCGGGACCCUCGACGUAUCUUACCCGCCCCCAGGAGCGCCCCGCCGACGCCGCAGCGCCAGCCCGGCCUCCCCGCCUCGGUGCCCAGCCCCCGGCCCAGCCCGCGCCCAGGCCCGGGCGGCCACGUGUUCCGGAGCUACGACGAGCAGCUGCGGCUGGCCAUGGAGCUGUCUGCGCAGGAGCAGGAGGAGCGGCGGCGGCGCGCGCGCCAGGAGGAGGAGGAGCUGGAGCGUAUCCUACGGCUCUCGCUGACCGAGCAGUAGCGCCCUCUGCAGGGCCCAUCGGCGCUGCCCCGCGUAACCCGCCCGGGAGCCGGACUCGCCCGGGCCCGAGUGCCCGCCCGGCUGCGGCCAUAGACUGGAGCCGAGGCCUGCGGGCCGGAGAGGCGCCCCUGGCACAGGACCGGGAGGGCCUCGGCGCGUCCGCGGGAUGCCUGUCGCGGCCAGGGCCUGGGAGGCAGCUCGCACGCCCCGGUCCCCCUGCUUUGCUGUAUCCUGAUGCCCACCACUCUAUCUUGGGCUCAGACUUGUCCGAGGGGGUCAGGCCGUCCUGAAGGGGAGCCGGGUCCUCAGAGGAGCAGUGUCCCCCAACCCUCGCUCCUUCUGGCCAGUCCUCCUUUUCUGCUCACAGAACCCACUGUAGGACACUGUCCGUGAAGCCUUUGCAUCUCCGCUCUUCACCCCAGGGGGGCAGCUGAGCUCCCCACGUGCUGUGUUGCUGCUUUGUCCCAGACACAAACCAGCACGUCAAGGGCCCAGCUCCUCCUUCACCCCGGCAUUUCAGCGUCAAGUGCACUUAGCGGGGUGCCCGGCUUCCCCAGCCCCCCCCCACCCUCCCGGGUCUCAGGGUGGUCCCAGUUUCUCCUUGGGUGGCCAGAGGUUGGCGUCCCCAUCCCCAAGGCACGCUUUUGUGAUCAGGGAGGGUGCCCAAGGUGGGCCCCCGGGCCUGGGCAAGGCCUGGUUCCUUCAUGAUGUCUUGGCAAAUGGGGGACAAUAUUUGUGCUGGGGGCAAGCACUAGACCCUGUCCCCUGGCCCUGCUUAUGGGCAGGUGCACCCUGAAGCCCUCUCACUGGCUCAGGGCCCUGGCACCACCACCCACCCCUUCCCACCAGCUGCUGCUAGCCCUCUGUGGUCGUGUGUCCCACCUGCCCCCAGCCAGGGGCUGACUCUCAAACCCUUCAUCCAAUGGUGCUAACCCCCGGCUCUCCCCUGCCCCACCCCACCCACCCAGAGAAGCACAGACCCCCGCUAGGGGCAGGGGCCCACUGCACACCCUUGUCCACCUUCUCUCAGGCUGGCCUUCCUGGCUCAGCCAGUGAGGCUCAGGAGGGACACAAAAGGGAUAGAAGAAAAGAACAAAGAGAAACUGUUCCUCUCACCUCCUUCCCUGAUGUCAGGGGCACCAGACUGACUCUGAGGCACAAAUAAAAGAGGCUUCAAACCCGA